AUGAUUUCCAUUUAGAGAACACGCCCAAAAGAGAAAUCUGAAUUAUUUGGAUCCCUUAACAUUCAUUCACAUGUAACAUUGAAGUAUAUGAGUAUAUAUUAAAAUUCUCUAGCAGUUAGAUAUUAAUGGAAAGGAGAUUUCAUUAUCUUAAAAAAAACCUUUGA